AUGGAUAACUGCACACUGAGAUCGGUUUUGGACCUACCAGCUCCUUUUCGUUCAGCUUUUACUUUCAGAUAUUUCAACUCAUUGCAGAGUGAGUGCUUCUCUUCUUGUUUUCUUUCCGACAUGAACAUGGUUAUUUCAGCACCUACAGGAAGUGGGAAGACUGCGCUUUUUGAACUAUGCAUCCUGAGGAUUUUUUCAAAGUUCAUUUCUAGAGAUGGAAACUUCAUGCCUCUAAAGGGGAUUAUGAAAACAAUUUACAUAGCUCCAUCAAAGGCUUUGGUACAAGAGAAAGUCCGCGAUUGGAACCAGAAAUUUGGGCAGUUGGGUGUAAAUUGCUUGGAAUUGACGGGUGACAAUGAAACUUACAGCCUCAGGAAUAUACAGGAUGCAGACAUCAUUCUUACUACUCCAGAGAAGUUUGAUGCAGUAACUCGAUAUCGUGCAAGAGAUGGAGGCCUGAGCUUUUUUGGAGAUAUAGCGCUUGUGCUUCUUGAUGAAGUUCACCUCUUGAAUGAUCCCCGUGGAGCAGCUUUAGAAGCAAUAGUUAGUCGACUUAAGAUGCUUGCCUGCAAAUCCGAAAUGAGAUCAAGUUCGCUGGCCCAAGUCCGCUUUCUUGCUAUUUCAGCUACUAUUCCAAAUAUAGACGAUCUUGCUGAGUGGCUAAUGGUUCCCCAUCAUGGAAUUAAGAGGUUUGGGGAAGAAAUGAGACCUGUGAAGUUGACUACAAAGGUUUUGGGAUAUGCUCCAGCUAAAAAUGAUUUCUUGUUUGAGAAGCGGCUUCAGAACUACGUAUUCGAUAUUCUGAUGCAAUAUUCUAGAGGAAAAUCUGCGCUUGUGUUUUGCUCCACCAGAAAAGGAGCACAAGAAGCAGCUCAACAACUCGCUCAAGCAGCAAUGACUUAUGGUCAUUCAAAUCCUUUUAUGAAAAGCAUGGAACAACAAGAAAGGUUAAGGGAAGCUUCGCUUUCAUGUGGCGACAAACAAAUGCAAUCAUAUAUCCUUUAUGGUGUUGGCUAUCACAAUGGUGGACUGUCACUGAAAGAUCGUAGCCUGAUAGAGAGUCUUUUUCUGAAUGGAGAUCUUCAAGUUCUUUGCACAACGAAUACGCUUGCCCUUGGAAUCAACCUACCGGCACAUACUGUAGUGAUUAAAUCAACACAAUACUUUAAUAAGGAAAAGGGCAUCUAUUUGGAAUAUGAUCGAUCCAUGAUACUACAGAUGUGCGGAAGGGCAGGUCGCCCUCCUUUUGAAGAUACAGGCAUGGUUAUAAUCAUGACCAGAAGAGAAACAGUUCAUUUGUACGAGAACCUGUUGAGUGGAUGUGAAAUGGUGGAAUCACAACUGCUUCCAUGCUUGACUGAGCACCUAACUGCAGAGAUAGCUCAACUCAGCAUUUCAGAUAUCACAAGGGCAAUUGAAUGGAUGAAAUGCUCAUUUUUGUACGUGAGAAUGAAAAAGAAUCCUGAGAACUAUUCAGUAAAGAAAGGCCUCCAUGGUAACCUAAUCGAGAAGCACAUGCAAGAUAUUUGUGUUCAGAAGAUCACUGAGUUAUCACGCUAUCAAAUGAUCUGGACUGAUGAAGAUGGUUUUCUGUUAAAACCCCUCGAACCUGGCGUGCUGAUGACAAAGUAUUAUCUGAAAUUUGAUACAAUGAAGCAUAUCAUGCUGACCCCUGCCAACUGCAGCAUAGAAGAUGCACUUCAUACCAUUUGCCGUGCAGAGGAAAUUUCUUGGAUACAACUGAGGCGCAAUGAGAAGAAGCUUUUAAAUGACAUAAAUUUGGACAAAGAUGGCCGGCUUCGUUUUCAUGUCCUAGCUGAUAAAGGUAAAAAGAAGAAGCGCAUCCAGACCAGGGAAGAGAAGAUAUUCAUUCUUGCAAAUGACUGUCUUACUGGGGAUCCUUCAGUGCGUGAUUUAUCAAUGAACCAGGACAUGAAUUCUAUCUGCACAAAUGGUUGUAGAGUGGCAAAGUGCAUGAAAGAGUAUUUUAUCCAUAAAAGGAUUUAUAAAGGGGCAUUGAAUUCUGCACUUCUGGCUAAGUCCUUACAUCAGAAGCUCUGGGAUGACAGUCCAUACUUGCUGAAACAAUUACCCGGCAUUGGAAUGGUGACUGCAAAGGCACUUCUUUCCAUGGGCAUCAAUUCUUUUGAGACCCUUCUUGAUGCGGAUCCGAGGAAGAUAGAGAUAGUUACGGGUAGAAAAUUUCCUUUUGGUAACCAUAUUAAGGAGUCGUUAUUAUCUCUGCCACCAAAAGUAGAGCUGAAAUUUGAGGAGAAUGUGUACCAAAAGCAAGGAAAAUCCAAGCUAGGGGUAAUUCUAACCAGGCUAUCACAAUCUACUGCAUCCAUCAAACGACAUUAUGCUGAAAUGGUGGUUAGCAUAGAAGAAGAAAACAUUAUCUUGUUCCACGAAAGGAUAAGAGUGGACGAUUUUUUGAGCCCAUACGGUGCAACAGUCAUGCUACCUGUCCCCCGUCAUGGAAAGCUGACCGUGACUGCAGAUCUCCUUUUUGAAGAAUUCAUUGGUGUUGAUAUUCGUCAAAGCAUGACAAUAGGAAAGGAUGUUGUCGACUCGCAUGCCAACCACGCAAUGGGACCCAAGAAGCCUCUCAAUACCCAUCCCAAAGGCACACAUACCACUAAAGAUGGUGCUAAUCGGAACAAUACUUCAGAUAGAUCGCAACUGGGAGUAUCUAGAACGUCAAAUGAAUCCAAAGCACUGCAAGAAAAUUUGCCCAGUUUCAAACUUUUAGAUGAAGAAUUAGAAGAUUUUCCAGUACCUAGUGUUAAUGAGGUGCCUGCUGUAGAGAUGGAGAAUGACGACUGCAUGAUUUUGUCUGAGAAAACAGUAUUUGACCAUAUACGCGAAAAGUCUAAAAAUCUGCCUGCCUUGGCAUUGUCCAGUUUCUCUGAUAACACAUGUUCCCCAUCACUGGAGACAUUGACACUCAUCAGAAAGCGUAUGCGUGAUCGGCAUCUUGAACAUGACUCUAUUGAAGUUCAGGAUGAAAAUCCUAAAAAUAAAGUACUGCGCCAGAAUAUGGCAACUCAAGAUGCUGGUGAACUACUUGAUCUGGAUCCAUUCUUCCAAGACUCUUCUGGACAAUUCACAGAAAACAACACAGAUGAACUUCUCCAGCUAGUCGAAGGUCCUCCUGUACCCGAACAAUUGACAGGAGAAAUGAUAUUUGACCAUAUAAGAAGGAAGGCUAAAACUUUCCCAGUUCCUGACAAUUUGAAAGCAACUGAACUGAAUGAGCUUAACCGCAAGAAGCAGUCAGGCAUUAGUGACUUGACAUCUCAGGGAAUUACAGAAGCAUACUGCCAGAAAGAGCUCCCGAAAGAUUCAGCUACAGUUCCAGGAUUUAUGGACUUUGAAGAAGACCUGAUGUUUGACUGGAGCUCACUGGACAGGUUUAAUGGAAGGACUGUUUCCAGCGAAAUUGUACCAAAUCGCGAAGUGCCAGCUCCCCGGAAUUUGGCUGUCCACAGAAACCAGGUGAAACCGCCAGUGACUUAUGCAGAACGUAGCCCUCAACAUCAACCAUCCAGUCCUGCUUUACUGCACCGGCAGUGUUCCUCGUACUCAAGCAAAGAAGAUAUCAUCAAGGAACAAAAUUAUUUCCUUGGAUUUAAGACUAUUUUUUCCUUCCUUUGA